AUACUUGCUAAUCAUGAUGAAUCAAUUACUAAUGAUGAAGUUAGAAAUUUGAUAUCUAAUAAAAGUUUUUUUACUACCUGUCAUUUUGUAUGCUUAAUGUGGGAACCUAUCAAAGAAAUUAUUCAUAUGUUAGAAGCUAAUAUUACGAUCUUAGCUGAUUGCUUUGUUUAUUUGAUUAAGCUAGCCACAGCAAUUAAUAACUUAUCUGAAACAAACAGUUUUAAAAGUUUAGCCAUUCAUGUUUUUAAUCGGCAUUAUGAGAAAUUUUUGCAUCCACUUUAUAUUUUAGCCUAUUAUAUUCAUCCAGAAUAUAGAG